AAAAAAAAAAAAAAAAAAAAAAAACAAGAAGAAGAAGAAGAGAGAAAGAGAGAUAUUCAGAAGGAAGAAACUUUUUUAUUCUAGAAUCAGAGAAAGUCGUAUCAUCUUCUUUUAGGGUUUUAAGAUGACUGCUGAAGUUAAGGUUGAGGAGAAGCAGGUGGAGUCUGAGGUUGUUAUUACUCCUGCUGUUGUUCCUGAGGAGACUACUGUGAAAUCUGUUGUUGUGGGGGAGGAAGAAGAAGUCAAAGCUGUGGAAGAAGAUGAGAGCAGCAAGCCUAAGGGUGUUGAGAAGAGUGCCUCGUUCAAAGAAGAGAGUGAUUUCUUUGCUGAUUUGAAAGAUUCUGAGAAGAAGGCUCUGGGUGAUCUCAAGUUGAAGCUUGAGGAAGCUAUUGUUGAUAACACUCUCUUCAAGACCAAGAAGAAGGAGACCUCUCCUGUCAAGGAGAUGAAGGAAGAGGCCGUGAAACCUGAGGUAGAGAAGAAGAAGGAAGAAGAAGCAGAGGACAAGGUUGAAGAAGAGAAGAAAUCUGAGGCUGUUGUUGUUGCAGAGGAGAUAACCACCCCCAAGGAAGAAGUGAAGACUGCUGAAACUAAGGAAGAAGUGAAAGCUGAAGAAGAGAAGAAAACAGAAGAUGUUGUAGUUACAGAAGAAGUGAAAGCUGAGACUGUCGAGGAGGAGGAAGCAGAUGAGUCUGUGGAUAAGGACAUCGAGUUGUGGGGAGUGCCAUUGCUUCCAAGCAAAGGAGCUGAAGCCACUGACGUGAUCCUCUUGAAGUUCUUGAGAGCAAGAGACUUCAAAGUCAACGAAGCCUUUGAGAUGCUGAAGAAAACCCUUAAAUGGAGGAAGCAACACAAGAUUGAUUCCAUCCUUGGAGAAGACUUUGGGGAGGAACUUGCCUCUGCGUCUUACAUGAACGGUGUUGACCGAGAGUCCCACCCUGUUUGCUACAAUGUCCACAGCGAGGAGCUUUACCAGACGUUUGGGGCAGAGAAGAACAGAGAGAAGUUUCUGAGGUGGAGGUUUCAGCUCAUGGAGAAGGGUAUCCAGCAGCUUAAUCUGAAACCAGGAGGUGUUACUUCUCUUCUCCAGAUCCAUGAUCUCAAAAACGCUCCUGGAGUGUCAAGAAAAGAUCUUUGGGUUGGAAUCAAGAACGUCAUCGUAACUCUGCAGGACAACUAUCCAGAGUUCGUGUCUAGAAACAUAUUCAUAAAUGUUCCGUUCUGGUUCUACGCCAUCAAUGCUGUCCUCUCGCCAUUCUUAACACAACGAACCAAGAGCAAGUUUGUUGUGGCUCGUCCAGCUAAGGUCACAGAGACUCUUCUCAAGUAUAUCCCAGCUGAGGAGCUUCCAGUUCAGUACGGUGGGUUCAAAAGAGAUGACGAGACCGCAUUCUCCAAUGAAGCUGUCACUGAAGUUGUUGUUAAGCCUGGAUCAUCUGAAACCAUUGAAAUCCUCGCUCCCGAGACUGAAGGUACAUUGGUAUGGGACAUAGCGGUUUUGGGAUGGGAAGUGAACUACAAGGAAGAGUUUGUGCCGACCGCUGAAGGAGCUUACACCGUAAUUGUCCAAAAGGUGAAGAAGAUUGGAGCAAAUGAAGAAGCGAUCAGGAACAGUUUCAAGAACAGUCAGGCUGGGAAGAUUGUUCUCACCGUCGACAAUGUCUCCAACAAGAAGAAGAGAGUUCUGUACAGGUACAGAAUCAAGACUGAAACCUCUUCCUGAAGACUGAAGUAGAGGCUCUUCUUCAACCUAUAAGCAGUCUCUGGAUAUAUAAUAUUCUUUUUCUAAAUUCAAAGUUUGGUGUUAUUAUUAUUUAUUUUUGAGUGAUAUGUGCGAGAAAGAGAGAUACUGCCAUUGUUUCAUUGAAAAUUCAAUCUUUUGUUAUGAGAUUUUUAUUCUCUUCCGUUUCAA